AUGGCGAUCAACAUAUCGGCUCAAUACGUCCAACUCUUUCAACCUGCGACUCUCGCACUCGUCAUCCUCUUCACUCUUACGGUCGGCAUUUACACGGUGAGAGCGGUACAAUGGCAUCGAAGAUACAAGUUUCCUCCCAGUCCACCAGGAAGACUGCCUGUUGUAGGCCAUUCCUGGGUUCUUCCUAAGGAAUUUCACGGCGACAAAGCCAAAGAAUGGGCCGAUCAAUUAGGAACGGAACUGAUGUAUCUUCGCCUUGGAGGAGUCAACUGGGUAUUCCUAAACUCGUCGCGAGUCGUGGAAGAUUUGAUGGAAAAGCGAUCGUCGAUCUACUCUAGUCGUCCAGUUUUCGCAAUGGUUGGAGAGAUCAUGUCUAGGAUGAAGCGACUGGUACUCCAACCUUACGGACCAGAAUGGCGAGAACUGCGCAAAGUCAUGCAUAUACUGCUUACUGGAAGGUCUGCCGACUCCUACCGAGUUUUGGAAGACAUGGAAUCUCGGCAAGCCAUGUACGAAAUGCUCCAAAGGCCAGAGGAGUGGUAUCUUCAUACCAUCCGAUUCGCAGCUUCUUUUACAAUUGGCAUGGUGUAUGGCGUUCGACAGGAUGGACACUCUGACCUAUUUCAGAAGGUUUCUGACGCUCAAGACGAGUUCUUGCGAAACAACGUUCCGGGCACGUGGCUCGUCGACGAUUAUCCCCAACUCCGUCGUCUACCGAAGUUCCUACAGUGGUGGCGACACUACGGGGAGAAGGUCUAUCAGGUCACCCGCGAUGCAUUUAAUGGGUACUAUGAUGCGAUGCAGGAUAACGUGGCGAAGGGAACCCAGGCCGAAUGCUUUGCGACCAAGUUCUAUCGAGAGAGCGAUGCCCAGGGCGGCCCAAAAUUCGACUUCGAUCAAAAGCUCUUCACCACAGGCGGCCUAAUCGAGGCUGGGAGCGAUACGACCAAAAAUCAACUCAACAUGUUGAUAGCAGCGUUAGCGAGUGAUUCGAAUACUUGGGUGGCAAAAGCCCGGCGAGAACUCGAUGCCGUUUGUGGAGCAAAUGCGGAAAGACUACCUACCUUUGAAGAUAUGCCGAACCUCCCUUACAUUCAGGCCAUCAUCAAGGAGACGAUGAGAUGGCGACCCAACGUGAAUCCUACUGGAUUCCCUCACGCUCUGAUUCGUGACGACGAAUAUGAAGGGUACCGUUUCCCUGCUGGAACCGUUGUGACGAUCAACAAUUGGGCCAUCUCCUUGAAUCCCAGAGAAUAUACUAACCCUACAAAAUUUGACCCUGACCGAUUUAUGAACGAUGAUCUGUGGAACCCCACGAAGGGCCAUUAUGGCUACGGCGCCGGGCGGAGGACGUGUGCUGGAGUAAAAGUGGCGCAAAACUCUAUGUUUAUCUUCUUCAGUCGAUUGAUUUAUUGCUUUGACGUGGAGGAAGACAAGGUGAGAAAACCUCCCUCCCUACCGCUUCAACUCUUGUUUCCCUUUUCUCCUCCACCACUCGAGCAUGGUCUAUUUGUCCGCGAUCCCCCUGAUUCGCUACCUGCUGCUAUCUCAAAGAUUGGCUAG